ACAAGGGGCCACACUGCCUUAACAGCUUUGGGUGGUGCUUCGUGCGGGAACCUAAGGUCCGCAAAUGUACGAGUGGUUUUUAACGCGAUCAGGAUGAGGCAACUGCUAGCCCUGGCCCUACUGGCGCUUGCUAUGCAUUUAACGAGGGGAUUUUCACAGGAAAAAGGAUAUACGCAGUCUAGUCUGCAACCAGCCAGGGCUACGACUCAGAGAGAGAGCAAGGGAGUUCGAAUAGCAGACGGCAUCGCCUCGCACAAGCACAGUCUUCAAAUCACGAUCAAACCUGGCAUUUCUAUCGAGGUGUUUGCUCCAGCGCAGCCCGGAAGACCAGCCGUCUACACGCAUAUCUACAACCCAAGCAAGAACGAGUCUCUAGAAAUAGGAAAACAAGUUCAAGGGACUGGCAAAACAGAAGACAAUCUUCGAGAAGGAAAUUAUUCGGAAAGUAAGUUGUACGUCAACGUGAAUAGAACUGAACUGCAGGGUGGUGACAAGCUUAGUGGCGCAACCCAAGAAGUAGGUACAGGAGACGUAUUGAAGGAAGUAGUCAAAAAUGCAGUUAAUGAACAGAUUGGUAAAAAAACAGGAAGUGUACUGAAGGGAGGUGUGAACGAAUGGGGUGGGCAUAUAAGCACCGUUGGGUCAAACGCAGAAAAGGGGGAUACUAACACAAGGGUUGGUGCUUCACGAGGGAGCCAACGUGAGGGAUCACUGGAGGGUAGCAGUUUCGAUAGUGGAUCUGGAAUUGAAAAUAUAGUUCAAGCUUUGCAUGGGGUGGGACAUGCAAAUAAAAUAGAGAAAAGUGGAAAACGUGAGACUGUAUCAUCAGAUGGGACUGCUACAGGGGGCGCGGACUCAGGCACCAAAUAUCUUGGAAGUGUUAAAGUAGGCAGUGAACUCAAAGAGAGUGGAACGCUAGGUGACAAAUUUCAAUACGGAGCAAACCGAACCGGAAGUUUCGGAGGAAGUGGAUUUCAAGGGGAAAAAAUAGUUGCCGAAUUAGGGAAUUCGGGUGUUGGUCUCAAAGGAGUACCAGGGGGUGUAGGUGAAGGUGUUCAGGACCCAUUUAAAAAAGAAAGUAUCUUCCAGGGAAGUGUAAAGCAAAGUGUUAGUCUUCUGGACCUAGAUACACCCAAACUCGCUUCAGGUUUGAAAGGGAGUCAGCAACCACUUCUCGGACUCAAUGGGGGUGUUAAAGUAGGGCGUGUGCUAAAAGGAAGUGCGAUAGCAGGUAGUGGUGGUGGUCUAGGAGGGGGAAGAGUUGAGCUCGAAGGGGCUGGUAGAGGAGGAAGAGUUACACUUGAAGGUAGUGCAAAAGGAGUCGGAUCCCUGAAAUUUGGAAAUAAAGAGUUUGGCCUCCAAGAGAGUUUAAGAACAGGCGGCGGGGGAACAAGGGAAUCAGGAGUUUUAGCCUUAGAAGCUGGAAAUACAGAGGUAAAGUCGACGGGGAGUGGUCGACUACAGGUAGAAGGAGCUGAGGGCGCAGGAAGGGGACUUCAAGGCUCUAAAAAGCUUUACCUCCAUGUUCAUGUUCGCCCAAAAUUUCGAGCGGGAGGUGAUCUGGACAAAGAAGAGCGAAAAGAUAAAAAAGUAGGUGGGAAAGACGAAGGCGACAGGGACGCUUCUUCAACGUAAAUAAUGAUGAUAUAAUGAAUAUAAAUAAAUGCAACAGCUUGUUAACGAACAUAAGAUUAUAGCAGGGGUCCCGGCUACGUGGCUUGCAUGAGCAUUAGAGCUCAGUCAUUACAGCUCUCUUGCUCUUACGGGUCACCCAUAAGUAUGUCUAUCUCGCAAUAUCGCACUGAGGCACUGAGUGAAGCUGUUGACAUCCGUGGAUAUCCUGGAUUAUGAAUGUAAAUUUUAACAACUUAAAUGAUACAAAAAAAUCUUCUAACUCUAAAAAUUGAAAAAAAAUCUUGUUUGGAUAUGGUUCUGCGCGUAGAGCAAAAUGCCUUGGGCCAAUGGGCGUACCACGUGUUUCUAUGAAUGCAUUCAGUUUUAUGGGUUUGUCUACUUACUUCGCCCGUAAGGCCCUUGCGAGGCGGGUGGACUCUUAAAACAUGAGCACACAAAAAAAUCAGCAUCUGGUGCACUUGGCAAAUGUGAGUGCGAACGUAAACCACCACAUUAUCAAAACGUCUUUCUAUAGACAAAUUAAACUUUGCAAACUGCAGAGCCCUGUAUUGGUCGGGACGGCGCAAUAGCGAACGGCUGUAGGCAAGCCCGGACGCACGCAUUAAUCCUGUAUAGUAAGCAGAACAAAUAGAAGGCGGAGUAGAUCACCUACCCUGUGUUGAGGUAAUGUUAUCGAGUGGUUAUAAAUAGUAAUAUAAGAUUUUAAGGUAAGAUAAGAUUCUCAAAUUGUACGGAUUAUACAAUUAUUGUAUGUUUCACUGAACCCUCAGCUUAAUAACAACCACCAUGUAGUGAGAUGUAGUGGGCUCACUACAUCGUGAUAACAACUUACAAAAACUAAAAAGUUCUUCAAGAAUGCGUCAAAUUUAUGUUCUUCGUAAUGACGUUGAAGCAAUUAAACUGUAAAAAAGUAACGGUCA